AGAGUCAGAGAGAGGGAGAGAGAGAGAGAGAGUAGUCUAAAGGAAGAAAAGGAAAGGAAAGAAAGAAUAAAGCAAAAGGAACGUGCCAACAUCCCACUCUCUGCAAUCUGCAAUCUCUCUCUCCCUCUCCAUUAUUAUCAAAUUUCACUUGCCGUUGGACGGAUGGCCUGUCCCUUUUGUCUCCUCCUCCUCUUCUUCUUCUUCUUCUUCUUCCUUCUCCCUCUUCUCUCUCCUCAUUAGCCUCUUUCCAUUUCUUCUACAGAACAAUUUCUUCAACCAUCCAUCCAUUCAUUCCACACCAAAGCAAUAACACUUCUUAACCACAUCCAUAUAUGGCAUCCAGGGAUCGCCGGAGGCAGAGGUGGAGCCCCCAGCCCCUCACGCCGCUCAUGGAAGGCCCAGAUUUAGAGAUGCCUGACGCCGCCGCCAAGAAGGAGAGUUCCUGGGAAGUCAUUCGCGAAUGGUUUCGCGUCCAGCGCAACAUCCCCGGCGGCGGCGGCCUCUCCAUGGCGUUGUACGGCAGUAAUGUUCCGGCCAAGGGGCAGGAUUUGAGGCUCUUGCUCGGCGUCCUGGGCUGCCCUCUCGCCCCCAUUCCUGUCGCCGGCAACACUCCUGUGAUUAACAGUCCACAGAUGAUCAAGACCAUCCCCAUUGAGGCUUCGUCGGCGAGCUACAUAAUCCAACAGUACUUGGCGGCGACGGGGUGUUUGAAGAUGCAGAGCAGCGGGGCGGGCGUGAAGAACAUGUACACGGCGGGGGCGGUGAAGAUGAUAUGCUGCGAGACUGAGGUGGCGUCGCCGGGGAACGGGAAGGGGGCGAGGAAGAGUAACUUGGUGGGGACGAGGAGCGGAGAGAACGGGUGCUUCGUGCUGUGGCAGAUGUCGCCGGGGAUGUGGUCGCUGGAGCUGGCGGUGGGGGCCGGGCACAAGGUCAUAGCCGGCAGCGACGGCAAGAUAGUAUGGCGCCACACGCCGUGGCUGGGCACCCACGCCGCCAAAGGUCCCCAGCGGCCGCUGCGCCGGAUCAUCCAGGGACUGGAUCCCAAGAGCACGGCCAGCCUCUUCGCCAAAGCCCAGUGCUUAGGCGAGAAGCGAAUCGGAGACGAAGACUGCUUCGUCCUGAAAGUCGCCGCCGACGUCCGGGAUAGAAACGAGGGAGCCGCCGAAGUGCUCCGCCACGUUCUCUACGGAUACUUCAGCCAGAAGAGCGGCCUCCUCGUCUACAUGGAGGACUCUCACCUCACCAGAGUCCAAAUCUCGGGUGCCGAUGAGAGGAGCGACGUGGUUUACUGGGAGACGACGAUCGGAAGCAGCAUCGGAGACUACAGAGACGUGGACGGCGUGCUGAUCGCUCACCGCGGGAGGACGAUCGCCACCGUCUUCCGCUUCGAGGACGAGUACAUCUCGGCUGCGCAGCAAGCGUACUACUGCCGGACGAGGUUGGAGGAGAUCUGGAGAAUCGACGACGUCGUUUUCAACGUCCCGGGACUCUCCGUGGAUUCCUUCAUCCCCCCCGCCGACAUCUUCCAUUCCAACCUCAGCCUUCCUUCUUCCCCAUAGCAAAUUAAACCGUAAAACUUACUUUCUUCUUAAUUUCAGCAUUUUCUGAUCUCGUCCGAUCAAUGAUGAUUUUUCUUUCUGUUGUAUCUUAAUUUCCUAAAACAAAUUAAGACAAAUCUAAUCAAAGAUCCAUCCCCUAA